AUACCACCGAUACCACACAUGGCCACUGUUUCUUCCGGACAGUCUUUACCAUUUUGAUUGAAUUGCAUCACUCGAAAUCAAACCGUUGUCAAUUAUGCGCGUUGGACUCUCCAUCAUAACGAUCUAUGAUUUCUCUCUGGUUUAAUUAAUAUUUUCUGAGAGGAACCCUCGACCCGGACCCUCUUCAGCCGAGUCCAACAUGCCGAAUACAUCUCUACGACGCCCGCAAAAGGGCUAUGCUCGUCGAGGUGGCAAGCAAGCUUACCACGGAGCGAACCGGACCCGAACGUUCGCUGCCUCGACUACUCGAACGGAAGGCACGUCGGCUGACGAGAGAAUCGAGCGGACCCUCCUUGCGCAACAAAUCGACGAGUCCAUGGGCUUUGCCAGAUAUGAAUCUGGUAGAAGAAAAGAAGGCUGGCUUGUCAACGUCCAACCAACCACCGUAGCUCUUGACGACGACCGAUCCCCCGGCGGUAGAGCGGCGUUGGACUGCUAUUUCAUUGAGGAAGAUGGCCAGACGUUCAAGGCCACCAUCGAGUACGAACCAUACUUCGUAAUUGCAUGCCGGAAAGGGCGGGAAGGCGAAGUCGAGGAAUGGCUAAAACGAGUACCUGGAGGCGGUGUCGUGCGCACCGUGAAACGAGUCGAAAAGGAGGAUCUGUCCAUGCCAAAUCACCUUCUUGGGUAUAGAAGAACGUUCCUCGAGCUGCGGUUCAGAAACGUACAGGACUUAAUGACUGCGAGGAGGGAGAUUAUGCCUAUAGCGGAGAAAAAUAAAAAGUCUAUGGGCACGGUUGAUGUAUAUGCGGAGGUUGCUGCCGAGCAAGCCGGCUUCGACCUUUUUGAUGAUUCACGAGAUGAUGAUAGACGACAUAAUGCUUCAUUUUCGGACGCUAGCGACUAUAUUGUUGACAUUAGAGAGUACGACGUCCCGUACCAUGUAAGAGUUAUGAUUGAUAUGGACAUCCGAGCAGGAAAAUGGUAUUUUGUGGAGGUAAAGCAUGGCAUCACCACUAUUACGCUUAAUGAAGAACACAUCGUCCAAGCAGACCCUGUAGUAAUGGCCUUCGAUAUCGAGACGACCAAAGCCCCCCUCAAAUUCCCUGACGCCGCUAUAGAUCAAGUCAUGAUGAUAUCGUAUAUGAUCGACGGGCAAGGUUUCCUUAUCACCAACCGAGAGAUUGUCUCCGAAGACAUUUCCGAUUUCGAAUACACCCCAAAGCCUGAAUACCCUGGGCCGUUCAUGAUUUUCAACGAGCCCAACGAGAAGGCCGUGCUCGAGCGGUUCUUUUCGCAUAUCAAAGAGGCGCGACCAACUGUCAUUGCCACUUACAACGGUGACUUUUUCGAUUGGCCAUUCGUAGAGGCGAGAGCAAGCGUCAACGGUAUUGAUAUGUAUCGCGAGAUCGGAUGGAAGAAGGAUAGUGAGGAUAUCUAUAAGUGCACGUAUGGUGUUCAUAUGGAUUGCUUGGCAUGGGUCAAUCGUGACUCCUACUUGCCACAAGGAAGCCGAGGCUUGAAGGCCGUCACCGUUGCCAAGCUUGGCUACGAUCCGGACGAACUCGAUCCAGAACUCAUGACACCAUACGCAAACGAACGACCUCAGACAUUAGCGGAGUACUCAGUCUCAGAUGCCGUCGCCACCUAUUACCUGUACAUGAAGUACAUCCACCCCUUUAUCUUCUCUCUCUGUACAAUUCUUCCUUUGGGAGGUGACGAUGUACUGCGGAAAGGAACUGGUACACUGUGUGAGAUGUUGUUGAUGGUGCAGGCAUACCAGCAUGAAAUUAUAUUGCCAAACAAGCACAUGUCUCCAAAAGAGGCGUUUUGGGAUGGCCAUCUACUAGAUGCGGAGACUUACGUUGGUGGUCACGUCGAAAGUAUCGAAGCCGGAGUAUUUCGAGCGGAUAUUCCAGUCAACUUCGCUGUCGAUCCAGGGGCUGUCGAUGAAUUACUUGGUGAUCUGGACAACGCCCUUAAGUUCGUCGUAGAGAUCGAGGAAAAGAAAUCACUGGACGAUGUUACGAACUAUGACGAGGUCAAACAACAGAUUGCAUCGCGACUGUUGCAGCUGAAAGAGACCCCCAACCGGAAUGAGAGACCCUUGAUUUAUCAUUUGGAUGUCGCAUCUAUGUAUCCGAACAUUAUGACUACGAAUCGGUUACAGCCCGAUUCGAUGAUUCAAGAAUCGGACUGCGCUGCCUGUGAUUUCAAUCGCCCAGGGAAGACUUGCGACAGAAGAUUGCCUUGGGCUUGGAGAGGCGAGUAUUUACCAGCAAAGCGGGACGAAUACAACAUGAUUCGACACGCGCUCGAGAAUGAGAAAUUCCCAGGAAAACGCCCCGGCGCUCCUAUGAGAACGUUCCAGGAAUUACCAGAAGAUGAGCAAGCAGCACUCACGAGAAAGCGAUUGCAACUGUACAGCCAGAAGGUCUACCACAAGAUCCGCGACCAGACGACCAUUGUUCGAGAAGCAAUCAUCUGUCAGCGAGAGAAUCCAUUUUACAUUAACACUGUAAGGGAUUUCAGAGAUCGUCGAUACGACUACAAGGGAAAGGCGAAGGUUUGGAAAGGGAAGACCGAGUCGCUCAAAUCGUCUGGAGCAGCGGCUAAUGAAGUCGAGUCUGCUAAGAAAAUGAUUGUCCUUUAUGACUCUCUACAACUUGCGCACAAGGUCAUUCUGAACUCUUUCUACGGUUAUGUUAUGCGAAAGGGAUCUAGAUGGUACUCCAUGGAGAUGGCAGGUGUUACCUGUUUGACAGGUGCAACGAUCAUUCAGUUGGCAAGGUCUCUCGUCGAACGCCUCGGACGACCCUUAGAGUUGGAUACCGACGGUAUCUGGUGUAUGUUGCCAGCAACCUUCCCAGAAAACUUCUCCUUUAAGCUCAAGAAUGGCAAGAAGGUCACCAUCUCGUAUCCUUGCGUCAUGUUGAAUCACUUGGUCCACGACAAGUUCACGAAUCACCAGUACCAGACACUAGUAGAUGAGAAGACGUUUAAGUAUGAAACGCAUAGCGACAACUCAAUCUUCUUCGAGGUGGAUGGUCCGUACAAGGCUAUGAUCUUACCAACGUCAAAGGAGGAGGACAAGAACUUGAAGAAGCGAUAUGCCGUCUUUAAUGACGAUGGUAGUCUGGCUGAACUCAAGGGAUUCGAAGUCAAGCGAAGAGGUGAGCUGAAGCUCAUCAAAAUUUUCCAACAGCAAAUCUUCAAGUUUUUCUUAGAAGGCGCUACGCUUACAGAAUGCUACGCCGCUGUGGCGAAGGUCGCAAACAGGUGGCUCGAUGUUCUAUAUAGCAAGGGCACAACGUUAGCUGACGAAGAGCUCAUCGAUCUUAUUUGUGAGAACCGAAGCAUGUCGAAAACACUCGAGGAAUACGGAAGCCAGAAAUCCACUUCUAUCACGACCGCAAAGCGCUUGGCGGAGUUUUUAGGUGAGCAGAUGGUAAAAGACAAAGGUCUUAACUGCAAGUACAUCAUCUGCGCCAAACCUCGAAGUGCUCCUGUCACCGAGCGAGCCGUGCCAGUCGCCAUCUUCUCCGCUGCGACGGAUAUUAAGCGACAUUAUCUGACAAAGUGGCUUAAGGAAGAACCGUCUGAUACAGAUCCCAGGGCGUUGCUAGAUUGGGAUUAUUAUCUAGAACGUCUAGGUUCCGUCGUCCAAAAGUUGAUCACAAUCCCUGCUGCGCUGCAGAAAGUUCGCAACCCGGUACCGCGAGUGCCCCAUCCAGACUGGCUCCAGCGGAGGAUUAACAUAAAGGACGACAAGAUGAAGCAGAAGAAGUUGACAGACCUCUUCGCGAGUGCUAAGGGACCGUUGGAAGAUAUAACGAAUCUUGCGGGCUCGAGACUUGACGAUCUAGAGGAUUUUGGGUCUAAGCUGCUCAAACCGAAGAGCACGACCGCAGCUAUUAACGCGUCCCAGCAGCCAACGUCAACAGCAGCGAAGCGAAAAUCUCCCGAACCGGAAAAGGAGAAUGUCGACCCCUUUGCAGCACUCCCGAAAAAGAUGCCAGAUCCCUCAGAUGACUAUCCGGCAUUUCUGGAAUACCAGAAAAAGAAAUGGAAAAUCCAGAAGCAAGCUCGGAUCCGUCGACGCCACCUUUUUGGAGACCGCCGCGGAAACCUAAGUGGUAAUAUUCAGCAGACGUUCCGCCAGCGGGCAGAAGUUACGUACAGGAACACAUGGCAACUACUUCAGCUCCGCGACACAGAUAAUCCAGGUGUCGUAACCGCGUUCGUCUUAAUCGAUGCCAAAGUCCACCCGCUUAAGAUCAAAGUCCCCCGUCAGGUAUUCCUCAAUCUCAAGGGUAAAGACUUACCGGACAUAGAAGUCGAAGGAUGCGAGGUCGAGCAAGUCAACCAUACCUUGCCCAAUGGGCAUUCCUCGACCCACCUAUUCAAGAUCACCGUACCUGAAGAUAUCUAUUUUGCCGAAGCAGCGAAGUUCUCGUUGCUCUUCAACCAUCCAAGUGUAGAAGGAGUAUAUGAAAAGCAAGUUCCCUUGAACAUGCGAGCAAUGCUUCAGCUCGGGAAUCUAUGUACUAUUGACGAAAGCCAGCCCGGUGUACUAGGAAAAGGCCUCGAGCAAGGUUUCGAUCUUGAUGGUUUGAUCAAACCCACAAAACCACGAACAUAUCUGGAUUCGAACCCACUCGCCUAUCUCUAUAUAUCACAUAUUACUGCUGGUGAGAGGCAAAUUUUUGGUCUCUUCUCCUCAGCUGGCGAUCAGGCCCAUAUUGUCAUUCUUCAAAAGAACAAGGACUCCGGCCAAGACUUACCAAAUGUCACCAAGAUCUACAGCGACAUGUUCUCAAGGAGACGGCAAGAGGCAGAAGGCACAAAUUGGCAAGAAUGUUUUUCGUACCAGGAAAAACUAACUUUCAAGGUGACCCAAGUGACGACACGGCGCAAAGCACACCUAGAGAUCGGUGAUCUAAUUAAGAAGAUGAAGAAGGACGAGUUGAAGCCUUUAAUGCUCGUUAUUCAGUCCUCCCAACAAAAUUUACUCGUUCAUGACGUCCCUAUCCUCGCAGAAUUUCCCAUCCUUCCUCUUCGGUACGAUCAAGCAGAUAGCUCUCUCCCACCUCUCGGCUGGCAAUCUGUCGUCGCAAAGCGCCUUGUAUCGCAUUAUCUCAACCUUGGGUCCUGGAUCCUACAUCUGACCGCCCUAGCAAGAUAUGGUAACAUACCACUAUGUAACCUGGAGCGUGACGAUCCCAGGUUCCUAAUCGACGUUGCAUAUGCUCGCCGCCUUCAGCUGAAUAAUGUCGUAUUGUGGUGGUCGCCCGGUCCCAGGCCAGAUCAUGCUGGCUAUGAGCAGGAUGAUGUCACAGGUCCCCUCGAUACUGUCUCGAUGCCAUCAGCGAAUAACCCUGGCACCUAUGCAUCAGUGUGCAUCGACCUCGAAGUCCGAAAUCUUGCUAUCAACACCAUUCUCACGUCCUCUCUGAUCAACGAGCUCGAGGGCGCUGACUCAAUUUCCUUCAACCCCGCAACGGAUUCGGCACCAUCCGACGGCACAGAAGUUCUUCAUUCCGAAGGGGCAUUCGCCAAUGCCGGUGUACUUGUGCUACGCGAAAUGGUCAAGUCCUGGUGGGCGGAAGCAUGCAAAGGCAGUCCUAUGGCUGACAUUCUGGUUCAACAUCUAGUGCGAUGGGUCGAGUCUCCUGACUCGUUCAUGUACGACCGGGCGCUUCACUACUAUGUACAGAUGAUGAGUCGAAAAGCUCUGCUGCAGCUCAUGGCGGACUUCCGCCGAGUUGGCUCGCAAGUUGUAUUUGCAAACUCGAAUCGACUUCUCUUGCAGACCACGAAGUCCGAGGUGGGCAACGCAUAUGCAUAUAGUCAGUAUAUCCUAAAGAGUAUCAAGAGCAAGCCGCUGUUUCACUUUAUCGAUCUAGAAAUCAAGGAAUACUGGGAUUACCUAGUAUGGUAUGAUGAAUUCAACUAUGGUGGUAAGGCCUGCCAAGAGGUUGUUGAGGCGGAACAACAGAGUCUUCAGACCAUCAUGAAUUGGCAAAUGAAGACUUUCCUUCCUCUUCGUCUACAAGACACCUUCCAACAUUGGGUCGUGGAGUUCAUACAGCUCAUGCAUGGAAUCAAGCGUCCACUGCUUGCAAACGGAGAUCCCGACGCAACACCUCGACUUACUCAGCUACCACUACGCAACGGCUCUCAAGGAGAUGACAAUAAUAAAACGCAGAUCAUUCUCACUAAUGAUUUUGAGAAGAAGCUAAAAAAGGAAAUCCGAUCCCUCGUCUCGACUCAGGCUCGCGAGCUUUUGCACCCGGAACUCGCGUCCGAUUGGUCAUUCCCGUCUCUUCCAGGUAGUCACAUCAAGAAUAUGCACAACCGCAACGCCGUGCUCGAGCUCGUCAAGUCCCUCAUGCAAGUCCUCUCAUUAGAUAAGAACAUUACGAUGGAAGCACGGCUCCUAAGGAAAGAUUUACUUGCGCUAUUCGAGGUGCGCGAGUUUAGCAAAGAAGGCGCAUUUGUGAACCCAAGUGAGAGCCUGAAGAUCCCGCAAUGGAGUUGCCCUGAGUGCACGCUCGCGCGCGACUGGGACUUAUGCCGCGACGAGUCCCUACUCCCAGAUCUGGGGGAUAGCGAGGCAGAGAUUAGGAAGGCGGCGGCAGCCAAGGUGUGGCGAUGCCAAUUCUGCAACGCGGAGCUCGAGAGACUUCGCAUCGAGGAGAAGUUGCUAGCAGACGUACAGGCAAUGGUCGUGGAGUGGACCACCCAGGAUCUGAAGUGCGAACGGUGCGGUAGCGUCAGGCUCAAUGACCUUAUGGAGCAUUGCACGUGCAGCGGCCCUUGGAUCGAGAGCAUCAAGAGGAACGAAGUGGUCAGGAAACUAGGCGUUCAUCAAGGUAUCGCUAAAUGGUACGGGUUGAGGAUGCUGGAGAGCCUGGUUGCGGAGGUGCUAGGGGGGCUGUAGGACAGUCAUUAGUGCCUCAUGAUUAGGCAAGGGUGGGAUAUGAGGAAAGCAUCUUCGUGGCGUUGCGGCUCGGCACGUUGAAAAUGGUAAUACGUAUUAUAUGAUAUAGCAAUUAUGAAAGGGUGAAUUCUGUUGAUGACUAAGCAUUCGGCCCCUUUUCCUUCGCGUGGUAGUGAAAGCACGGAUAGUUCAACUGCUCGCAUCAAUUGAUGCUUACUAUGUGCUAUCAAUUAGAAAUAUGUGUCUGUUUGGUGGUCUUUAUAUUAUGAUUACACAUAGCGCUGAG